AUGCCUUUGGAUGACGUGUCCGAACAAGAUUGGAUGCCCACCAUCGAUCCAUUCGCUGGAACGGACGAGCCUUUCGACAUACUUUCAACCUUUUCAUGGACAACGGGUGGGCCGGAAACGCUUUGGACGGCCCCCGGCGAUGUCACCCUUGGCCUGAAUGGAACGGCGAAUGAACCUCCUGUCGACAGCGUUGCCGCAACGAGCCCCCAUGAUGAUCUGGCAUCGACUAUGCACCCGCGACGGAUGUCUGUCGAGUCACGUCUCGCCCCUCCUGGACUAAGUCUCCUUCAGCUGGAUCCUUUGGAACACCACCGCACGGUGAUCGUUGACUUCCUCUCUACAGCCUGCAAAGACGUGCCGGGGAUCCACAAUCUCUUCAAGACGCAGAGCAUGGGCAUGAUCUUGAACACCUACUUUGUUCGCCACCACCACAAGGCCCCCGUCACACACCUGCCAACCUUCAGUAUCGCAUCCGCCUCGACGUCGAUCGUGCUAGCCAUGUCUCUUUUCACAGCGUCGUAUACGCCGUCCCUACGCUUGCGGUCGCGACAAUUCCAAAGUGUGCUGGCGGCGGCGUACCGUUUCGUAAUCAAGAAUGACAAGACCCUCGAAAAGACAGGAGAGCCGUCGGUGUCUACGCUACAGGCCUGUUGGCUUCUGGUCAUGCUCGAGAAUCCAAUGAACCCUGGGCAUUGCGCAGGCAGUGUCAUUCCCUUCGAGGACCUUGUUUCUCUAGCUCGCCGCGCGCACGUUUUUGACGGCGCCCGGUUGGGAAAACUCGGUCCCGACCCACGGUGGGUAGACUGGGUAGACUCAGAGAACUUCCGUAGGCUGGCCUUCGCCCUGUACGCCCUGGACUGUCUCCGAAGCGUCCUAAAAGGGGGAGUGCCCCAUAUUCCGACGUGCGAGAUGCAGCUGCACUUGCCUGAGCCCGAGGUGCUAUUCCAAGCACCUAGUGAAGCGGAAUGGCGCCGCCUCAGGAACGCCGGCGGGCAACAGCAGCACCGCACACCCGUCUUCUCCGUAGUCAUGGAACUUGCCCUCCGGGGCCUGGCCGACCAAGAACAUAUGCCGCAGACGCUCAUGGGCAAGUUCGCUGUUACGCACGGGAUUCUCCUCCACGCAUGGCAGGCCAAGACGCAGUACGAACUCGGACGCCGCCACAUGCCUAAUUCCAGUGCGUUGGAACUUUUCUUCAAUGGGCGGGCGCAAGAAAUUCGUAGUGCGCUUGCGGUCCUAUAUCCUGGGCGGCGUGCGACGCUCUGUGAUACUAAUCAUGAUCCUCAGAAAAGCGACAUGGCGUUGCUUUACAGAGAUCGCGCGCUGGCGUGGUAUUACUUGGCUGGUGUCCUCACGCUUCCGCAAAGCAGCUUCUCGUCUGUGCAGGGCGUUGAAGCAGAAGAACACGGGCAGACGCUCACUUUCCAGGGUAGUUCGAUGGCCUUAUUCAUGAAACGACUGGUAAAAGCGCUUGACCGAGGACAUCUUCAAGGUCUUGAUGGCGACUAUGCCGCUAUGUAUCGACUCGUGAGUUCCAUCAGCCUCGAAGAGGAGGAACCCACGACCGAGGUCGGGACCUUGAUAUACCUCACGAUGUAG